UAAAGGUUUAGAGAGAUACUUCCAAAAGAUUCGUGAAGACUUCAUGGCCAUCGAUCUGUCGAGCAAUAGAUUUGAAGGCAAGAUUCCAGAAUUUAUUGGGAACCUAGUAUUUGAAGGCAUCCCACCAUCCUUGGGAAACUUGACAAAUCUCGAAGCUUUGGACCUUUCACAUAACAACUUCUCGGGUGAGAUCCCUCCAUCACUGUUGCAGCUUUCAUUCCUCCAACAAUUCAGCGUCUCGCACAACAAUCUCACAGGUCGAAUACCGGUUGGAAACCAGUUUAGUACCUUCGAAGUCACUUCAUAUGAGGGCAACCUAGGUUUGUGUGGAGUUCCAUUGCCAAAGAAAUGUUCACGUUCUGAGGAGGGGCCUGAACUUCCACCUUCAACAGCAGAAGAAGAAGAUGGAGUUGAAUUGGAUUGGAAAUUUGCUGCGGCGGGGUUAGUGAGUGGGUUGGUGGUGGGAGUGGUUCUUGCAGACUUUGUGACCACGAGGUUCAGUGAGCGGUUCAUUGAGAUUGUUGCAUUUCUGAUCAGACUGAUGAGAAUGCCCAGAAGUUGAGUGAUCAGACAAUACAUGUUCCUGUUUGUUGUUUGUUUGCUGUUUGCUUGUUUUGUUGAAGAAAGGCUUCUUGUUUGUUAUGUGUAAUAGAUUUAUACACGAGGUUUUGUAAUAUUAAUGAAUGAAUAAUUUUGGAAUUUU